AUGACGCCGCAGAGAACUGAUCAGCCGCCGACCGGGGCGGGGAAUGGACCCGACCCAACCUUACUGUCCACCACGGAGGCGGAGCACCAGGUGGAGGGUGGAUUCCUUUUGAAUGUUGUAGUCGGCGAGGGUGCGGCCGUCCUCCAGCUGCUUGCCGGCGAAGAUCAGCCUCUGCUGGUCCGGGGGGAUGCCCUCCUUGUCCUGGAUCUUGGCCUUAACGUUGUCGAUCGUGUCCGAAGACUCCACCUCGAGGGUGAUCGUCUUCCCGGUGAGGGUCUUCACGAAGAUCUGCAUACCUCCCCUCAGGCGGAGCACCAGGUGGAGGGUGGACUCCUUUUGGAUGUUGUAGUCGGCGAGGGUGCGGCCGUCCUCCAGCUGCUUGCCGGCGAAGAUCAGCCUCUGCUGGUCCGGGGGGAUGCCUUCCUUGUCCUGGAUCUUGGCCUUAACGUUGUCGAUCGUGUCCGAAGACUCCACCUCGAGGGUGAUCGUCUUCCCGGUGAGGGUCUUCACGAAGAUCUGCAUACCUCCCCUCAGGCGGAGCACCAGGUGGAGGGUGGACUCCUUUUGAAUGUUGUAGUCGGCGAGGGUGCGGCCGUCCUCCAGCUGCUUGCCGGCGAAGAUCAGCCUCUGCUGGUCCGGGGGGAUGCCCUCCUUGUCCUGGAUCUUGGCCUUAACGUUGUCGAUCGUGUCCGAAGACUCCACCUCGAGGGUGAUCGUCUUCCCGGUGAGGGUCUUCACGAAGAUCUGCAUACCUCCCCUCAGGCGGAGCACCAGGUGGAGGGUGGACUCCUUUUGGAUGUUGUAGUCGGCGAGGGUGCGGCCGUCCUCCAGCUGCUUGCCGGCGAAGAUCAGCCUCUGCUGGUCCGGGGGGAUGCCUUCCUUGUCCUGGAUCUUGGCCUUAACGUUGUCGAUCGUGUCCGAAGACUCCACCUCGAGGGUGAUCGUCUUCCCGGUGAGGGUCUUCACGAAGAUCUGCAUCUGCAAACCAUAAAAAGGCAUAAAAACCAUUAGACGGUGAAGAAUCCAGAGUUGAAAUAGGCAGAUCUGAGAGAAAAUCGCCGAGGAGAAGAUGAAAUAAUCAAACGAACAACAAAAACCCGAAAUACCACAAGAGGAAGAAGUCCAAACCAAACGAAGAAGGUAAUCUACUCUACCAAGACAGAAAUCAGAGGAAUUAUCGAAGAGCAGAAAAGAAACCUAAUCAAAACCAGGCGAAAAACUCGUCGUGAGGGAGCAACCAAGAUCAAAGAUGGAUACCGUAAGAAGAAGAUCUGUAAUCGUAGAAAUCAGGACUUACAAUGGCUGGUGA